AUGAUCUGCACCUUGCUGCUGCACGAGGAGGCACUGCCCUUGACCGAGGUUUUCGAGCUGUACAUCUACGAUAUCUGCUACGGCUUCUUUGAUGCCAGCGGCCCUGCCUACAGCUUGGAGAACGAGGUAGAAGUGGAGAUCGAUCUUUCCUCGGGGGCCGAGCAUCCAGGGUCGCAGUACUCCGUGCUGGCGCCAUCCUCGUUGCUGCGUGUGGCCAGGUACUUCAGGCGCGCGUUCAUCAUCCCCUUCCACGAGGAGAUGCCAACUGGCGAGAUCGCCCCGAACCUGCACCAUGUCGCGCAGCACUAUGACGAUUUGCCAGAUUUCAUGAUGUUCAUCCACGCUGAUGUCUACGAGCACGUGGAAGUCUCGGCGUUGGUGUCGGUCCUCAACUCUCUGGCGUUGAGGCUUUGGCCCCGUGAACUACCCUUCGUGCAUUUGGGCCGGCGGCACAACGGUCCCACCGAUGCGUCAGGGCGCGUAGCAUCUGAGCUACGGACCUAUUGCCGAAUGCGAGCAGCCCGGGAGGGCUCGAAGCGGAGGAUGAAAAAGCCAUCGAUCUUCCGAGGAGACUCUGUCUUGGAGCGUUGCUCUGCCCGUACACCAUCAGGUUGGUAUUGUCAGUGGGUGGAGUUGGCCUGGGAGCUAUUGUUCGACAGCCCACCACAGCUUCCGCAGGACGACUACGGCGGCUAUGACUACGGUCAGUUCGUCGCCAGCCGUCAAGCCGCUCAAAGCAGGCCAAAGGCAUUCUGGCAGAAGGGCUGGCGGGCUUUGUGUAGUGGCAGCAACUACCGCUUGCUUCCUGGAACAUCGUUUGUUUCGUGGAAGGACCUGACUGCAAGCGAUGCAAGCGAGGGCGCGAGGUUCACCUGGCACGGCUUCCAUAAGGGAUUGGAGAUGGCUUUCGAGCACCUUUGGCACGUGAUCUUCAAUCCGCGGGCCUCCAGCUGGCUUUGGCCGAGCAGGCUAAGGGAUCCAUCGCUGCCUCUUGGGCUGAAGUUUGCCAUGCCUGGCAAUCCGGCACUGCUUCGAUUCUAUCGCUGGACGCCGCACGAUCCGCUUUAG